GGCGGGCGGAAUUGACGUGUCGCGAAGACUGGAAGGCUUCGCAGGUUGCUAAGCGACGAGGCGGGAGAGCGCGCGCACGCACGGGCCGCUGGGGAGUACUUGGGGGGAUUGUGGCUGCCGCAGCUCCGAAACGCUGGAGACAGAGCUAGCGUGCCGUGGCCAGCACGGUCUCCUUCCUUACUUGCCAGGGGACGCUCCUCUGUGGUAGUGUCGGGUGACGAGACCUGCAUUACAAGAAAUGCUGAAGGGAGUUCUUCAGGCUGAAGUGAAAUGAUACCAGAAGGAAACUUGGAUUUUCCAGAGGAAUAGAGAGCACCAAAUAUGGGAAGACGGAGAUUUCUUCUGCCUUCAGAUGUCUUUCUGCUUGACUGAACUGCACCUGUGGUCUUUGAAGAAUACCUUACACAUUGGGGAUAGAGACAUAGGGAUCUACCAGUAUUAUGACAAGAAAGACCCAGCAGUAUCAGUGACAGAGCAUGGUGACUUAGAAGAAAAGCAUAAGCUGGCAGAAUCACGAGAUUAUCCAUGGACACUCAAAAAUAGACGCCCAGAAAAACUUCGAGACUCACUCAAGGAGUUGGAGGAGCUGAUGCAAAACAGUCACUGUGUGCUGAGCAAAUGGAAGAACAAAUAUGUCUGUCAGCUCCUCUUUGGUUCAGGUGUGCUGGUGUCCCUAAGCCUCUCUGGGCCGCAGCUGGAGAAAGUAGUGAUUGACAGAAGCCUGGUGGGGAAGCUCAUCUCAGACUCCAUCAGUGAUGCUCUUCUUACAGACAACUUUAUCAUCUUAUCAUUUUUGGCACAAAACAAACUAUGCUUUAUUCAGUUUACCAAGAAGAUGGGUUCUCCUGAUGUAAACAAAAGACUGGAAAAACUCUCAGCCUUGGAUUAUAAGAUUUCCUAUUCUGAGAUACCGGGCCCAGUAAACAGGACAGCAGACCGUCAUCUAGCCAUCAAUUGUGUUCAAGAUACAGUUGUUUGCUGGUGGCCGCUGGUCAGUGAUGAUGCUUGGCCUUGGGCCCCCAUUUCUCCUGAGAAGGACAGAGCCAAUCUGCUGCUCCUAGGUUAUGCUCAAGGAAGACUGGAGGUUCUGAGCUGUGUCCGCACAGAAUGGGAUCCGCUGGAUGUUCGCUUUGGCAAUAAACAGCCUUAUCAGGUGUUGACAGUGGAGCACUCCAUCAGUGUAGACAAAGAGCCCAUGGCUGACAGCUGCAUCUAUGAAUGUGUUCGGAAUAAAAUCCAGUGUGUGUCAAUAACCAGAAUACCACUAAGAUCGAAGGCCAUUAGCUGCUGCAGGAAUGUUACUGAAGACAAACUGAUUCUGGGCUGUGAAGAUUCUUCAGUAAUUCUUUAUGAAGCUCACCGUAGAGUAACUCUCUUAGCCCAGGCUAAACUUUUGCCUUCAUUAAUAAGCUGUCACCCAAGUGGCGCCAUUCUACUAGUUGGCAGCAACCAAGGGGAGCUGCAAAUUUUUGAUAUGGCUCUAUCCCCUAUUAACAUCCAGCUCUUGGCUGAAGACCGCUCACCCAGGGAGACUCUGCAGUUCAAUAAAUUCUUUGACAUUUCCAGCAGUCUUGUUCAAAUGCAGUGGAUAGCUCCUCAGGUGGUUUCUCAGAAGCCUAAAAGUGGGGACAUCUAUGAUCUCCUCUUCCUCAGGUUUGACAGAGGACCUUUGGGUGCACUUUUGUUUAAACUUGGUAUCUUCACACGAGGACAGCUGGGCCUGAUAGACAUCAUAUUCCAAUACAUUCACUGUGAUGAGAUAUAUGAGGCGAUAAAUAUCCUGAGCAGUAUGAACUGGGACACUCUGGGCCACCAGUGCUUUAUCAGCAUGAGUGCCAUUGUGAACCAUCUUCUUAGACAAAAGCUCACUCCAGAGAGAGAAGCACAGCUUGAGGCAAGCCUUGGAACCUUCUAUGCUCCAACAAGACCACUUCUGGAUACAACUAUAUUGGAAUACAGAGAUGAAAUCAGCAAAUAUGCAAGAAGAUUCUUCCAUCACUUGCUCAGGUACCAGAGAUUUGAAAAGGCAUUUCUGUUAGCUGUUGACAUUGGUGCUCGUGACCUGUUUAUGGACAUCCAUUACUUUGCACUAGAUAAGGGUGAAUUGGCACUGGCUGAAGUGGCAAGAAAAAGAGCUAGUGACAUUGAUGCAGAAUCAAUAACCUCUGGAGUUGAACUCCUGGGGCCUUUGGACAGAGGAGAUACGCUAAAUGAAGCUUUUGUUGGCCUAUCUUUAGCUCCUCAAGGAGAAGACACAUUUCCAGAUGACCUCCCUCCCUUUUGUUCAGUCCAUAAACAUAUUCAACAAAGAACACAGAAUGUCUCUUCUAACAGACAAGUACUUGACAGAAGAAAUGAACUUGAAAAAGACACCUGUGCUGAAUCUUUGAUGACUAAGACCUGUAAUGAAGAAGGAGAAAGGAGAGAAGACUACAUAGAACAGGAACUUGGAGAUGGUGGUUCUCUCAGAAUGGUUCACUUUGGUUUGGUAUAAACAAUGAGAAACUUUUUUACUUAAAUAAAACAACACAUUUCUCAC